UGGUCGAGGUAUCCUCCCGGUAAGGGGGCGCGAGAGACAAGACAGGCCAAUCCGGACAAGACGUGGAAAAGAGGCUCCGCGCCAGCCAGUCACAUCGCGAGGUCCGGGUCGGGGAGGCUGACGCGAGUGCGGGCCGCAGCCAAUGGGCGUGCCACUACCCGUCCGCUCUUCAGCAGCCGGUCGGGGGUGGUGGAGGAGCGAGUGAGGAGAGCGCGACGGCGGCGGAGACAUCGCUGGACGGCCAGGGGGAAAGCGAGGCCCGAGCCUCUGAGUCUAGGAUCAGAAUGGUUUCAAUCCCAGAGUACUAUGAAGGCAAGAAUGUCCUCCUCACUGGAGCUACCGGUUUCCUAGGGAAGGUACUUCUGGAAAAGUUGCUGAGGUCUUGUCCUAAGGUGAAUUCAGUGUAUGUUUUGGUGAGGCAGAAAGCGGGACAGACACCCCAAGAGCGAGUAGAAGAAGUUAUUAGUGGCAAGCUCUUUGACAGAUUGAGAGAUGAAAAUCCAGAUUUUAGAGAGAAAGUUAUAGCGAUCAGCAGUGAACUCACCCAACCUAAACUGGCUCUUAGUGAAGAAGAUAAAGAGAUCAUCAUAGAUUCUAUCAAUAUUAUAUUCCACUGUGCAGCUACAGUAAGGUUUAAUGAAAAUUUAAGAGAUGCUGUUCAGUUAAAUGUGAUUGCUACACGUCAGCUUAUUCUCCUUGCACAACAAAUGAAGAAUCUGGAAGUAUUCAUGCAUGUAUCAACAGCAUAUGCCUACUGCAAUCGAAAGCAUAUUGAUGAAGUAGUCUAUCCACCUCCUGUGGAUCCCAAGAAACUGAUUGAUUCUUUAGAGUGGAUGGAUGAUGGCCUGGUAAAUGAUAUCACACCAAAAUUGAUAGGAGACAGACCUAAUACAUACAUAUACACGAAAGCAUUGGCAGAAUAUGUUGUACAACAAGAAGGAGCAAAGCUAAAUGUGGCGAUUGUAAGGCCAUCGAUUGUUGGUGCCAGUUGGAAAGAACCUUUUCCAGGAUGGAUUGAUAACUUUAAUGGACCAAGUGGUCUCUUUAUUGCGGCAGGGAAAGGAAUUCUUCGAACAAUGCGUGCCUCCAACAAUGCCCUUGCAGAUCUUGUUCCUGUAGAUGUAGUUGUCAACACGAGUCUUGCGGCAGCCUGGUAUUCCGGAGUUAAUAGACCAAGAAACAUCAUGGUGUAUAACUGCACAACAGGCAGCACUAAUCCUUUCCACUGGGGUGAAGUUGAAUACCAUGUAAUUUCCACUUUCAAGAGGAAUCCUCUCGAACAGGCCUUCAGACGGCCCAAUGUAAAUCUAACCUCCAAUCACCUUUUAUAUCAUUACUGGAUUGCUGUAAGCCAUAAGGCCCCAGCAUUCCUGUAUGAUAUCUACCUCAGGAUGACUGGAAGAAGCCCAAGGAUGAUGAAAACAAUAACUCGUCUUCACAGAGCUAUGAUGUUUCUUGAAUAUUUCACAAGUAAUUCUUGGGUUUGGAAUACUGACAAUGUCAAUAUGUUGAUGAAUCAACUAAACCCUGAAGAUAAAAAGACCUUUAAUAUUGAUGUACGGCAGUUACAUUGGGCAGAAUAUAUAGAGAACUACUGCAUGGGAACUAAGAAAUAUGUAUUGAAUGAAGAAAUGUCUGGCCUCCCUGCAGCUAGAAAACAUCUGAACAAGUUGAGGAACAUACGGUAUGGUUUCAAUACUAUCCUUGUGAUCCUGAUUUGGCGCAUUUUUAUUGCAAGAUCACAAAUGGCAAGAAACAUCUGGUACUUUGUGGUUAGUCUGUGUUACAAGUUUCUGUCAUACUUCCGGGCAUCCAGCACUAUGAGAUACUGAAGACGAGAAUUUAGCAUUAGAACAUCUAUGCAUAUGGUGGUCUAAAUGCACAAAAUGUAAAAUGUACUUAAGUCAUCUCACCUUUUGUCAAGACAUUAAAUCAUCUUAGAUCAGAGUGUGGAGUACAGUAUGGUACAUUUUAUGUAACAUUUUAACGUUUAUGCUUACAAAAUCUAGUGAACACACUGUGGUUAUGCCAGCUCAAAUCUACAAUAGCCACCAAAACCAUGACUUAACAUUUUGAUCCCUGGGGACAAGGGGUGGGGUGAGGGUAGGAAUGGGGAAAUAGGAACACUGACCAGUAUAACUGUGCAAUUCUGGAACAUAUUGAUUAAAAUAUGCCUUAACAUAUAGUGAGUUUCUAAUUCUAAUAUAUAGUGCAGUGGAAAGCAUUUAUUUGGACAGGAAUACAUAGCUAAGUUGGUAGAUAUUUAAUUCUUCGGUGUUUGGUUUUUUUCAUCAGUUGAAGUGGGUUUUAGUUUUGUUAAAAUUAUAGCCAAACUCUUUUUACAUCAUUUCGUAAGUUAUUAAGUGGUCUCCAACGUGAAAGACAUGUUCUCAUUUCCUUUCUCUGAUUAGUGGUCUGAUGCACAUCAUUUUUUUGUAAGCAAUCAGUUGCUUCCAUUAUCAGAAGGCUAUAUGUUAUUCUAAAGACCCUACUGGAUCUAAUGAGUUUGAGAAUCCAUAUCACCAUAUGCUAUGUAUUUUUUGAAGGAAAAUGAGAACGAAUUCAAUAAGACUAUUGGUGUCAAAAAGAAGACGAAUACAGUUUUCUUCUCCACAUUAUGACCAAAUAAAAAUCAGUCCUGUGAAAUUGUGUUCAAGAAUUCAGUACAUAAACUGGAGGAUUUCUUGAGACUGGCAAAGAAGGGUGCAGGUGGGGAGGGAUUCACCAUAUUUGUGCUCUCUUCCCUGUGUACAUUAUAUUAAUAGGACUUUUAAGGCUUAUACAGUCUUUCCAGUGAAAACUGAUAAUGCUUUAUUAUGGAAGAAUAUAUUUGCAGAUAGUCCUAACAUUAAGAAAAGGUUCUCACAUGUGUGGAAACACAUACUAACUUUUGACCUUGAGAGCUGAAUUCCUUCAAGAAAAAUAAAAUAGUGCAUAAAAUAACAUGUAUAAAAUUAAAUAAAGGACUUUAUUUACAUACCACCUAAAGUAGCAAACUGUUGAAUGAGAUAUCAUUUAUUUUUUCUGCAUGUAGUUUUAAAGAGAUGCAUUAUAGAAACAAGUAAUAGCAAGAAAAUUAAUGUGUAUUUUAAUGAUACAUUAUUAUUCCCUUUAAACCUUUAAACCUUAAUAGUAGUAAACUGUCCAGUUUUAACAUACGUUUGGUUUAACGGAUUGAUCAGCAUAACAUGUUUGAAUUUAGCUGAUCAAGUUGUACUAUAUUUAAAUCAACAGUAUAUCUUGAAUGUGUUUAAUGAGGUCAGUUCACAAUACAAAAAGUUACAUAGAACUUUACAUCUUACUUUCUCUGUCAAUUUAAAUGCAAGAAGUUUAUUUUGUUAUUGUGAAAACCUAAAUGUAAAGGAAACCACCUUUUUCCAUGCAGGUGUGUAAUCUUGAGAAGGAAAAAUGCUUCCAUGGUGAAGCCAGAUUUUCUGUAGUAAAACUUUUAAACAUUAUUUUAAAAGAAAUAUGUAUGUAUGUGUGUGUGUGUGUGUGUGUGUAUAUAAAUAUAUAUAUAUAUAUAUAUAUAUAUAUAUAUAUAUAUUCAUAUUCUUUGAAACGAUACUAAGUCUCUGGUCUAGGACCAUACCUUGUGUAAGGCGUGAGAGACCAGGACAGUGUCUAAAAAUGGAAUAAAUGAUGAUGCCUUUAAUUUAAAGUGGCCCAUAAUUAACUCUAGAUGCUCUAUACAUUGAGUACUCCAUCUCUCCAAAUACAUUUCCGUAAUGGGUUGAAAACAUGCUAAUAUUUGUAUGAUGUUUGUGCUCUGCCAGAUAUACUUAGAAUCAGAUGAAGUGUCUUUGUAUCUUGCAAAAGAAUCAGGUACAACUUCGACAGGCAUGUGAAGUACAGAGGGGGGUAUGUCUUCUGAACCAUGGCAUUGUUCUUGUAAUCCAGUGUAGGGAAAUGCUAGCUAGGCGGGUGCUGAGGCCACUGCAUUAAUUUUGUGUGUUUAGAAUUCUGUUGUCAGAAGAAACUCAUGAAUGAAUUAAUAUAUCAUUGUAGAACUUAGUUCUGAAAUUAGUGUGAAGAAUACAUAGGUUGUUAAUCCCCACCAACUAGACUUAAGCUUAACUCAAAGAUUUUGGAAAUCAUUUUUGUUGAUGUCAUUUGUCAGACAGAGUUUUAGUUUUGUUUGAUUAUAUUUUCACACGAGCUCCAUUUUUAACAUGAUAGCCUAAUAAAUUUGACAUUUCAUUUAAUUCAUUUGAUAAAGAGCUAUAUUGUAAAACAUUUGGGCUUUUUCCCUCUCUUCACUCUUGAUUCUUAUAAUUCUGUGCGUUUGUCAAUUGUGACAUCAUUUGUGGCUAUAUUUAAAUUUGACUUGGCAACAUUAAUAUGUUUUAAAAGUCAACAAAGAAGCAUGGCAAUGUGUUCUUUGACUUAAGAAUGGUAUAAACAUGGUAUAAAAAUGGUAAUAAAGAUUGGAAGUAGGGAGGAAAAUAAUCUUACUUCUCCCCUUUUUUUGUGUGUGUCUGUAGGAACUGGUUCAGGGUUUUUUUGCUUUUUGUUUUAAAUGUAAAUUGAUAAUCUUUUAUAAGAAGUAAAUAGAAGCAUUAUUGGGUGCCUUUGUUUGUAAACCAAAAAGUAAUAAAUGAAUCCCUAUAUUUCCAUUAUAGUAUUUAUUGUAUUUUUACGAUAAUUAUCCUGAAAAUUACCUGUGAGAUGACGUGGUUAGAAUUCCAGGAAGCAGGCCUCACGUAUGCUACUUACCUUUUUUUAGGUGCACUUAUUACCUCUUGUAUCUUAAUGUUAUUUAAUUCUGAGUUUUUUACAAGCAUUUUAGGGGUAGCAUAUGGACAGGAUGAAUGCCUUUCAUUAAAGUAUUAUUUUCAUGUAUUUGUCUGGAAUGAGGUAGUUUUUACCAGGAGACUGUCAAUGUCUCAUUGCGCUCCAGCCACUCUCCUCCACGUUGAAUGAUACCGUUUUAAUUUAUGGGUACCUUUGUAGUAAUUUAUCUGUUGAGGGAGGAUGAGGGAUCACUCACUGGUAAUAGAGACUAACCGUAAAAAAGAAGGUGUUGGGCUGGGUUCGGGUGAGUGUAAAUGGCCUUUUUCCAGGCCACCUCCAAGCCCUGACUCGAAACCAUUAGCACUGAUUUGCUCUACUCUGAGAAAAACUCUCUAACCAUUUGCAUGAGAAACUAGAGACAGGAAGGUAUGCUGCAUAACUUGAUAGAGAAAUGAGUUCAUUAAACUUAUAGUCUCUGUGAUAAAAGAAAUAUGAAAUAUUUUCUUAUUGAAUAAUUAAUGUUUUUAUCUUAAAGCAUUUUCUAGUCAUAGAAUGAAUUUAUCUUUUUUUUUUUUUUAUGGUGGUAUGUUCUUCUAUUUCUGUUACUCUUAAGAUUCCUAAGCAAAUCAUCUUUGUCAAUUGAGCAUAGUUGUGUCUAAUUGUUAAAUAAUUCCUUGAUUUUUCUUUAUUAAAGACAAGUUUGAGUAACA